AUGACAAAUCUACCUGAGAUAAUGGAUGAGCCCGAAGUUAAACGGAUAGAAGAUGGAAAUACAGAUGUUUCGAGAUUUGAUUUAGACAGUAAUACCGAUAAAGGAGAUGUGACGGAUGGUGAAGCAAGAAGUAGGAAGGCCAGUUCAGUACGCACGGCUAAUGGGAAUGUCAGUAUUUCAACUGCAGUUUCUCGCAAACUUGGACAUGCAACCUCGACAAGUUCGACAAUUUCUCGGAGUAAUGCGAAUAAAAAGGUGGUAAAUGAUACGGAAGUGGAUGGGAACAUGUCUAGUGAAUCGCAAAAGAGUCCAGCUUCAUCUAAUGUACAUCCAGUCACAAUUCCUCAUCAGCUACAGUCAACAUCAUUUGCAUCAAUGAGGGCCUCAUCAUCUGUCACGAGCUCAAUGAAGUCGCUUUCAAUUCCAUCCGGAAAGGCUACCAUCAACAGUUCGUCAACUUCUAUGUCCACAUCUCUACCUAUAAGCACAGUUAUAUACUCUACACCUGCAGAUCCAGCUACAACUCGAGCACAAGCAUCUGGAUCAGCUGCCAGCAGAAGCAGCCUGGAGGAGUUGAACGAAUCAUUGGAUAACAUCGAUCAGAUUCUUCGCAAAAGAGGCAGUCACAGACGAACCAACAGCAGUUUCACUAAUGGUAGUAGUGUGUCACCUUCAGCCCGAAGAUCAGUUUCAGAUUCGAGACCCUUAAAGAGAAAUAGUGGUUCGUCCGAAAGCACUUCGGAAAGCAAUCGCCAUAAAAGAACGCAGAGCUCUCAGGAUGGUUCUUUUUUCAUGAAUAGCAUCAGAAAUUUUGCAAAUACCAUUAGUGGGGCCCCUGCUAGUGGUGACAGCACUGCCAGCAUUCCGUCAAAGCCCGAGGCUGAAGGUAAACAAUCGGUCCCGGCAUCGCAGUCGGAACCCACGAUACGAGAAGAUGAGGAGGAAGCUCAGACUGCUGCAGAUAAUGUUAAGGAGAAUGUGUUGAGGAAAUCUUUUGAGAGCUAUGAUCAUUCGGUUUACAGAAAGGAGAAAUUCAUGGACACACAGUACAGGUAUGCAUCAACAGUCAGGGACACAGCUUUCCAUAAGUUGUUUACCGAGAUUCCGGAUGAUGAUAGGUUGCUGGAUGAUUUCAGCUGUGCACUAAGCCGGGAGAUUCUCCUUCAAGGAAGGCUUUACGUUUCCGAGCACAGUUUAUGCUUUAUUUCCAAUCUCUUGGGUUGGGUUACUAGCCUAGUGAUUCCAUUCGAUGAUGUCAUUCACAUUGAUCGACGUUCAACGGCUGGGUUAUUUCCAAAUGGUAUAAUUAUAGAGACACAAGAGUCAAAGCAGGCCUUUGCUAGUUUUGUUUCGAGGGAUCAGACAUUGAAUUUCAUAUCCACCGUUUGGUCUCGCUCGUUGGCUUUAAGGAAGAAUCAUUCGAACAGAAGUUCUACCGAGGUUGCUGUGUAUGCCAGAACUAGCAUAUCAUCAAGUCAGCUUUCUGAGGGAGACAUCCUCACUGUAGAUGAUGAGGGUGAAACUGAGUGUUUAAAUUCAGAGGGUUCCGCUGACGAAGGCGGAUCCAGCCUGUCUAACUACAAUGCACAUAGUGCUAAGGAGGAAGGUACUUCCUCUAUUGAAGACAAAGAUGGCGAAGAUGAUAACCAGUAUUUAAUUCAGGGACCUUUAAAGCACGCACCAACGUCACACCAGCCAGCUGAUUUUGAAAAGAAUUCAGAGAAAUAUGUUAUGGAUCAAAACUUUAAAGCCCCGUUGGGUUAUGUCUUCAAGGUGUUGUUUGGUAAGAAUACGGUAUACCAUCGUAAAAUUAUGGAAGUCAGUGAUGGCUUUGACUUCACUGAUUACGGUUUGUUCCAGAAGAAGGAUGAUGAUGAGUUCCCUACAAGAUCAUUUGAGUAUCAGAAGAGACUAAAUUUUUCAAUCGGUCCUAAGUCAACCACCGUCAAAGUCACUGAGUACUUAAAGCAUUUUGAUGUAUCUGACUACGUCGAAGUUCUCACAGUCACAACAACACCCAAUGUCCCUAGUGGUGGGUCGUUUGAUGUGAGAACAACGUAUGUAUUUACUUGGGCAGAGGAUGACAUGACAAACUUGAAAUGUAGCUAUUGGAUUAACUGGACCAGUUCUUCAUGGAUAAAAGGUAUGAUUGAGAGAUCUGCUCUUUCUGGGCAGCAGAAAUGUGCCAAAGACAUCAAGAAAAUUGUUGAUGAGACCAUUCCAUCUAAUUCAUCUUCAUAUAUUGUCAGUUCUACAAAGCCUGUGGCAUCCAACAAAGAAAAGAAAGUUUUUGAUGCCAGAAUUGUGAAAAGGAAGAAACAUUCUGUCCAAAGGAGAAGACACAGUGUUGCACCUACCACUACAAGUUUUCCUUUUUCUUUAUAUGCAUUCAUUGGCCUUUUCGCACUUCAGUUGCUUAUUCUGUUGUAUCUCUACCACUCUAAUAGGGUAAUGCUCAAAAUUGUUGAGAGCCAAAACGAAAUAUUAAGGGCAUUGGUAAACGUUCGUUAUGAGCACUGA